CGCAGGUGUCGUCCGUUUUAUGACAAGCUCGAAUUGACUGGCUAACCCACUCUUCAUGGGGUGACUAGGCUAAGCCCUGUAUUUCAUAGUCCGUUACAUAACAAAUGCUUGAUCUGUUACGAAAAUCGGCGGUAUAAGGGCAUUGGAGGAUAUGCUUGUCGGCUUGUCCAAAUAAGAACCCCUGCCGAGUGGAGCGAAUGCAGCUUGGGCUUCGGAGGGCUGCUGACAUUUACGAUACAGCGGUGCCUAAAAUGGGAGCGUGGCGAAGAGGUGAGAAUUAAGCGAUAUCAAUGGGGAAACCAGAGCUCUGGUACUGAGGAGAAAGGAGAAUCAGCACCAACCAGUCAUUCACCAUCUCAACAGAAGGCGCUUCCGAACAAAGAAAAUAUGUCUAUUUCAAGAUGAAAACAGACCUCUGAGACUUCGGGUGGAAACCACAGAGCCUGUUAGAGCUACAGCCACUCAUGUUGACUCCCCCAAACUGCCUGCCUCAUCAUGCCUACCUCCGAGGUGCCUGGUGUGGGCAAUAAUUCCAGCACCUUGCCCUGGGACCCUGGUUCCCCUGGUUCCAUGGACUGGCCGUCUGUGGCUAACAGCGUGGUGAAGAUGGUGCUCAUCUCAGCCAUCGUGUGCAUGUCCCUGUUUGGCAAUGUCGUGGUGCUGCUGGUGUUCCACAGGAAACCCCAGCUCCUGCACGUCGCCAACCGCUUCGUGCUGAACCUCCUCCUGGCGGACCUGCUGCAGACCGUGCUGGUCAUGCCCUUCGCCAUCGUGGCCACACUGCCCGGGAUGUGGCCCGUGGACUCCCGGCUCUGCCAGGCCUUGGUGGUGCUCAUGCACCUGUUCGCCUUCGCCGGGGUCAACACCAUCAUCGUGGUGUCGGUCGACCGCUACCUGGCCAUCAUUCACCCGCUGUCCUACCCCACACGCAUGACCCCCCACCUGGGCACCAACCUCAUCGCCUGCACCUGGCUGCUCAGCCUCUUGCAGAGCACGCCGCCACUGUACGGCUGGGGCGCGAUAGGCUUUGACCUCCGGCAUAACGUGUGCUCCGUGGUGUGGUCCCACAGCCGCUCCUACUCGGCCCUGGUGGCCACCUUCUCCUUCUGGCUGCCCGUGGCCGUCAUGCUGGGCUGCUACUGGAUGGUGUUCAGGGCAGCCCGGAGACAGAACGCCCUGGUGCACCCCGUCCAGUCGCACCCCAAAUCCCAGCCCAAUAGGGCGCCGCCGCCCCAUGCCACCCGACCCAGCAGCCCCCAACGCCCGCCCCAACACACGCCCCCGCCCCUGGACUCCUUCUCGGCCGGAGGGUACCCCAUACGGAGCGGCCACAGACGUUUUCACUACCACUGCAAGGCGGCCUGGGUGGUGUUUGUCAUCAUGGCGUCGUACGUGCUCAGCAUGGGCCCGUACAGUGUCCUCAACACAGUGUCCAUUUGCUCCGCCGUGCCGCCACCCCCCUGGCUGGCCUCCCUGGCGCUGGUGCUCUUCUUCCUCCAGUGCUGCCUCCACCCCUACAUCUACGGCUACAUGCACCGCAGCGUGAGGAAGGAGUUCCUGGCCCUGCUCUGCGGCCCCGUCUGUGGGCGUGGCCACCCCGGGCACGCCUCCGCCCAGGACAGCUGCUUCACCGUGACCGACGGACGCUCCGCGCUCCACCACCUGCCCAGCCUGGCGGCCCGUGUCUGCCCCCUCCGGACCUGGGAGGAGGGGACCACAACGGAGGGCACCUCCUCCUCCCCCACCGCCGCCGACAGGAAGUCUGGGGACAGCCGCCGGGAGACGGUCAGCCUCAGCUCUGACAGGGAACUCACAGGGCACACUGGCAUUAAGUAGGACGGUCGACAAAGCAAAGGAUGAAAAGUGUUUCUCCUGUGCCCGUUUGCCCUUUAAUAAAGACAUCACGCUUCAGCGUUGUCUCCUAGCUCUCAUGGUUGUCCAGUUUGACAAACCUGUUUGUUGUUGUACGAGACGGUGGUAUUUUUGAUGCCGUUUCCAUGAAAGUAAUUGCAAACCAAGUCACAGAACAUUCCCUGAAAAGCCCUUGUUAGUUCCCUUACGUCUCCUAUUCUUUUCUGCUAGAGCACCAGACAGGGUCAGAGAUCUUCAUGAAUCUUUUUAUGAAAAUCAACACACACAAAAAAACAACGCUGAUGCAUUCAAGUAGUGUUUACAUGAAAAAUGGGGUAACAUUUUAAGAAUUUUCAAUCAUUUUCUACCCUCGAAGCAGAAUCUCUGUCAAACUGCCAAGAAAUAUCAACCUGAAAUAAGCCACGAAUGUGUGACUGUAUUUGACUGUUCUGAAGUUUGUUACAAACAGUGCUGACUGCUUAUUAAGAUGUCCUUCUGAGAAUCCUUCUAGGAAUGUGUGAACCAUUAACUCCCCCCUGCUUCUAGACCAGUAAAUGUUGUAUACUCUACUGUUCAUCAUCUUAAGGCAAGAGUCAGUGGAAAGAGACCAAAAUGACCAAUGAUUUUUGCUAUUCAUAAAUAUGGUUCUCUAGCGCCAGAAUCAUCGCCACUAGCUAUCUAGCGAAAGGAAAGCUCUCCGUUUCCUAAACAACAUCUCGUCUGAAUCCAGACUGAAUCUUAUCUGUGUCCUAUGAUCCAGUCAGUUUAGUUUAAACGGCCUGCCAAGUGCUGCCAAUGAACCCAGGAUGUUAUGGGGACUGUGGAGUGGCCGUGCCUGUCCUCAAGCCCUUUGAACGGGUGAAUACCACUCUCCCAGCCCCCUGUUUCCCUUCCAGAGCACCUCUUGUCAAUGAGCUGUGCAGUGUCUCAUUGACAGUUUUCCACCACUGCCAAAUGCACACGGCAGCCUUCUGAGAGGCUUGCCAGUAAUGCUUGCCUUAGGCAGUUGGUUCUUCUCAUUUCGGGAUGUUCAAAAGGCUAGAAGCUCUCGCUCACCAGUCUGUAUAACCAAAACAUCUUGGUUGAGCUAAACUGACUUCAUGGAAAUUGGCAGCUUUGGUUAGACACAGUAGGUAGUAUUAUUUAACCAUAUCAGUAUUGGCGUUGACCUAUCUUUGCACUUCAUCAGAGAAUAGAAUCAGCCGAUAUGCAAACCCACAAGUAUAGAUUAUAUUCACAUUGACACCUAAAAAACAUUGACUGUCUGAAAUGUUCAAACGUGCCCAUUGAUUUGGACCAAAGCCACUGGAUUAAUAUCUGCGGAGGCUGCAAUGUCACCUUGGGAGGAACAAAGGCUCUUGGUCUUGGUUGCAACUCAAGUUUGAUUCCAACAAAGCUGAUCUGAGAGCCCCUCACAGUAUUGUUCAACGGACUGGGACAUAGUGCAGCUGAUACAGUCCAGCUUCAACAACGGUUCUGGUCCGCAGAGUGGUCCUUCAGCUUGUGAUCAGUAUGCAUGUUGUUGAGAGCCUGAAGUGAAUCUAACGUGUAAAAUAUAGACUUUCCGAGUGCCAGGAAUCUCCAGUUCACACAUUUUGUUAAAUGACA